CACUGAUGGCAGAUGGACUAUUGUGAGGAUGCUUUUCAUACUUUUCUGGGCCUCGACAGUGAUAAUUACUAGUCAAUGGGACAGUCACAAACCUCCCGGUUUUCAUCCAAAAUAUACUUAAACGACAUAUAAUAACAGAACUUCAAUCUUUGAGGAUAAUCCAUUUUUAAUAGCUUUUGUCAGCCAGCAUAGCGGACGUCGGUUAUCGUGAGAGGAAACCAGCUCGUCUUUGUAAACUUGUUUAUCUUUACUGCCAUCUUUUCUUUACUCAUAUCUUCAUGUGCAGAUAUUUGGCGGACUUUUCAUGCGCAUGUUGCAUACUAUAUCAGGCCUGUUCGACAAAGUUCCCACCGUAUUUCGCGGGUCAGUGUGAGUGAGUGACUGUAGGGAGCGGCGCGUAAUUUGUCGACGCUCCCUCACAAUCCCGAGUUUUCUUCGAAGCGGCGGGGUAUAAACGCGCUUGCGCCUCAGCGCUCACCGUCUCCGGCUGCAUCCCCUCCUCACUCCGCUGCCGCUCCGCACACUGACUGUCCAGUCACUCUAGCACCGAGCAACAGGGAGUGUGUGUGUGAUUGUGCUUCCAGCUAUAAAGAACUUCAUCUCCAUCGCUCCGGACACACAUCCGCUUCUUCAUCAGCCAUCCGCUGCAAUUAACAGCCGGCCACAGCAACCAUUUGCCAUGGAGAGGAAGCGGCCCGGUAUGCCAUCAGGAGCAAGAAUGCCUCAUCAGGGGGCCCCAAUGGGGCCUCCAGGACCACCAUAUGGAGGAAGCCCUGCUGUCCGGCCCGGACUCACCAAUCAGGCAAUGGAAGCCAGUCGUAAACGGCCCGCUCCUUCACAGCAGCAGAUACAACAGCAGCAGGCCGUACAGAAUCGAAACAGGAAGAAGCCUGUUGGAUUUCCUGGACCAAAUGAGAUGCCAGGGAGACAGAUGGACAUGAGAGAGGCCCAAUCAGAUCCCACACUCGGAUCAAAUGCCAAGAGGAGGAAGAUGGCUGAUAAGAUCCUUCCACAAAGGAUUCGUGAGCUUGUUCCGGAGUCACAGGCAUAUAUGGAUCUGUUAGCAUUCGAGCGCAAAUUAGACCAGACCAUAAUGCGCAAACGGGUGGACAUCCAAGAGGCACUUAAGAGACCCAUGAAGCAAAAGCGAAAACUGCGUCUCUACAUCUCCAACACGUUUAACCCUGCCAAGCCCGAUGCAGAGGACUCUGAGGGAAGCAUUGCAUGCUGGGAGCUACGUGUGGAGGGCAAACUGCUGGAUGAUCCAGGAAAGAUGAAGAGGAAGUUCUCCUCAUUCUUCAAGAGUCUGGUGAUUGAGCUGGACAAAGACCUUUACGGCCCUGAUAACCAUUUGGUUGAGUGGCAUCGUACCGCAACCACUCAGGAGACAGACGGUUUCCAGGUGAAGAGGCCUGGAGAUGUGAACGUGCGCUGCACCCUGCUGUUAAUGCUGGAUUACCAGCCGCCUCAGUUUAAACUGGAUCCGCGUCUGGCUCGUCUGCUGGGAAUACACACACAGACUCGCUCCAGUAUCAUCCAGGCCCUCUGGCAGUAUGUCAAAACCAAUAAACUGCAGGACUCACAUGACAAGGAGUACAUCAACUGUGACAAGUACUUCCAACAGAUCUUUGACUGUCCACGUCUGAAGUUCUCUGAAAUUCCACAGCGCCUCACCAACCUUUUACUUCCCCCCGACCCUAUUGUCAUCAAUCACAUGAUUAGCGUCGACGCUAAUGAUCAGAAAAAGACAGCGUGCUAUGACAUUGAUGUAGAGGUUGAAGAUCCCCUUAAAGCACAAAUGAGCAGCUUCUUGCUCUCCACAGCCAAUCAGCAAGAGAUUGCCUCUCUGGACAACAAGAUCCACGAGACUAUUGAGUCCAUCAAUCAGCUGAAGAUCCAGAGAGAUUUCAUGCUAAGCUUCUCCAGAGAUCCCAAAGGCUACAUCCAGGACUGGCUCAAAUCCCAGAGCAGAGAUCUGAAGCUGAUGACAGAUGUUGUUGGGAACCCAGAGGAAGAGAGGAGAGCAGAGUUUUAUCAUCAGCCUUGGUCUCAGGAGGCUGUUAGCCGUUACUUCUACUGCAAGAUUCAGCAGAAGAGGCAGGAGCUGGAGCAGGCCUUGGCCUUGAGGAACACCUAGAACUCACACCGACCACAUUCAGAAAACAAUCCACCACACUGAACCAAUCACACCCUGUUACUCCAGCAGCCCCAUUGUAUAGUAUGUGCAUUUCAGCCAAUCACAGCGCUGCGUCUUCCAUUCCUGGAUGAAAUCAUCUCACAAUGCACUAUUUGGAUUUCUGGUUUUUAAUACCAAUCACAUCCACCAGCAUUUUGAACUUGAUGACUUCAGAGCCGGCUCAGUCUCCUAGACUGUGGAUCCAGUGUUGAUUCAGUUGUGAUUCAGCCUUCUUUCCUGUCAGUCAUCAAUUCCUGGCAUUCACACACAUUUUCCAUGUGAUUAACGUGUGUUUGGACUCAGGUAUUGAUGAUGUCUCUAAUUUAGUCCACACUUGUACCAAUUUUGUUCUUGGGUAUUGAUCAGAAAGGUCAUUUUGUAUGUCUGUCAGUGUUUGGAAUCAGUGGAGCUCCAAUAAUUGUCUCCAUUAAUAACACUUUUAUUCAGAAGUGUAUUUAUGAAGUACUUUGAGGGAGGCAGCUUAAAAAGGAGAAUCAUUCAGUAUUAACUGAGCUGGUGGCUUACAGGGUAUGUCACUCUCUGCUGUCUGUCCCUGCCACGAUAAUGACAUUUAGCUGCGUUUUUUUAAGUAAAUAGUGUACAUAAACAUUGAUUGAAGAUUGAAGGAGGUUGUUUUAAUCAAGUAUUUAAAAGCUAUUCUGACAUAUAAAGACAAAACGGUAACUACACCCACACUCAAGUGAGAAUGAAUUUUUUUGAACGUUCUUAUUAAUUUUCACACUUCUUUGAUUGGAUUCUGUGUAGUUGCUGCGUUUUGCCUUUGUGGGACAGUACUGACAUAGUGAUUAGUUCACUUUGAAGGAAUUUGAUAGGUCACGGUUUUUGAGACGUUUUCACAUAUACAAGGAAAAUGGGCCAUACCAGCAUGCUGACACAAAUUAUUCAGAAAUAUAAUCCGCUUGUUAAUUCGUGACGUAUCAAAUACUGUGUCUGGGUCCAAGCCUCCAUUUCAAAUAAGAAUUACAAUCUCAGCUGCCGUUUAUGAGCACUGCACAUUAAUGGUACACCUUUAUGCUAAGCUUCCAGUGUACACUACAAUCUGGGCUCACAGUGUCCCAGUCACCAAAAUGUUUUUUUUUUGUAGUAUUAUAAGUGUAUAUUAGCACCAUUUGUUGUUUGUUUUGGGGAUCUGAAGAAGCAUUUGGACCCAGAUGUGGUGACGUGUGACGUCAGACUCGACAGAUCAUCAGUCAGCUAGAUAAAAGUGAAUAUUCUGUAAAAUCUUGUCUUUUCACAGACAUUUCUUUAUGCUUCACCAAAACCUUUCUUGUGCACCUGGCAUUACCAUCUUCUUGGAGAAGUUCCUUUAAACCCUGCAUUAUUUUUUAUCCAUUUCAAUAGUGUUGUUUAAAAUAACAUACUGUGGGCAUUUGUGUUUCUCACUAAUGUCGAAGGAUUUUAUAGCCUUAGUGUUUGAUGUUUUACCAAAGGUGUAAUUUACUUUUAAAAAGACAUUGUACAGACUUUGAUUAGAUGAAGGACUUUUUAAAAGAUGAAGGAUGCGUUUUUAGAGGAUACACGUUUUAAAUUCCCAUUUCUCCAUAGCUGUGAAAACAGUGCUUUUAAAAAUUACUUUGACUCAUAGAGUCUUUGCACUAAAUCAUGGAUCAUAACUGAGCGCUCUGAACGCUCUCCAUGCUAAUUAUACGUCACCUAAACAAAAAAGUAGAGAAAUGAAGUAUGAACUCGGGAAUAAAUGUCACAUGACUUCUCACUGGCUCUGGGUUUUGAUCGUGAACCCUCUGCUGCUUCUUUACUGUCGACUGAAGGAUGGUUUGUCCAGGUCAAUUAUUGUGUGUUCUUGCAGUUUGCCUGUGAUCCUUACGCAUCUUCUCGUGAGGAAAGAGGAGUUCUGGUGACCUGUGUGUUGUCACUCAGAGUAUUUUUUCAGACCUAUGCAUGCUGCAUGGACACAUUUUUAUACUUUCAUACAAGGACAUGAGAAACCUUCUGACUUCUUGGGACUUGAUCAGAAGAGCACUGAGUUUCUUUAGUUAGUGGCCUGUGACUCUGCGUCUGGGUCACAGCCUCUACAUACAGUACCAACUUGUACAGCAGGGGCCAUUUUAGGUCAUAUAUUAUUUUUUGUUUUGUCUUUUAAAAAGACUUUGCAAUUUAGUAUGGAUGAGAAGCACACCAAUGAUUUUUACAGAGCCUGUUGGGCAACAACAGCACCUCCCAUCGAAUCUUGUGGUUACUACAUGUAUAGUCAGCCAUUUUGAACAUUAUAAACUUGAAGUAUAACAUCUACCUGUGUUGCUGUGUUAGAGACUGAACAAGGUUAACUGUUCUCAUGUGUAAAGUAACCUCUUCUCUAAUUCUCUAAGCCACCAACUGUGCUUUACCUGACCCAACAUGUGGUCAAGGGUUCAAUGUUGCUUGUAGUCGUAGUGUGGAUCAUGCUGCCCUCCAGUGCUUCUGUAAGGGAAAAUAUCCAACAGUUUGGGUGCUAAAAAUCACGCUUCUAGAUAUCGCUUUGAUUGCCACACACGUACUGUAGUAUUCAGUACUAGAGUUCUCCUGGGCUCUUAAAUCUUCUUUAUAACCAGGUUUUGGUUAUAGUGUCUGUCUUUUUCCGUGGUUUGUUCAUAGAAGUUCUGCCAGCAGAAUCUGAACAAGUAGGUUUUAAUGAUCCACUAUGUAUUUUGUUUUCUUUCUCUCUCACAGUCUGUAUAUGUUUGCUUUCUCAUCUUGUUCCACUGUUCAGCUAGAGAGAUCAAAACUACAGACGUACAUGUGUAGCAUAGUGAGGAUGUAAAUAAACAAGCGCUUGCCAAAGUUUGUGAACGGAACACCAUACUGAAAGUGUGUUUAGAGUUUAUUCUGGGGAUGUGAAUUAGUGCAGUGGAUCUCAACCAAGGAGUCAGGGCCCAAAAUUUCUUAAAUUAUUAUUUUAACAAUCUUUAAAAACUGCAAAAAAACAACAACAACAACAGAAGUACCAGAGGUACACGUCUCCUUAGAUAGGAGGGCUUUGAAUAUUUUCUUGGACAAAGGGGGCUUUGAAUCAAAAUGGUUGAGAACCACUGCAUGUGUGUAAUAUCCAAGGGGGGAAAACACUAGAUCAAAUGAAGUUACACGUGGUUUGAUAAUACGAUUGUGAUAGUUAAGAAUAAAAGACUCAUCUCUGAAAAACAUUAUUUUUGUGG